AUGCUGGUAUUUCGUUUCCCGUCAGCGACAAUGCAUGUGAGCUCUGCAGUGUCACUGGUUCCCGGAAAGCUCCGGCGGAGGAGUUUCGAGUCUGUGGCCAGCGUGCUUGACACAAGGCUUGCGAAAUCCGGAAGCAAAAGCAGCAUUUGGAACCAUCUGGUUAGGCAUGCGGAGUUUUAUUCGCGAAACCAGGACUCGUGGAACCUGGCACUGGAUCUCGGACCUGCAUCUCCGACGCUCGAAGCGACUCGGAAUACGGGCUGUGGACUCGCAAGCCGAGUGCUUCGCUGCGAUGGCAGCUUGAGUUCUGGCGGUGGCAAGCUGCUGAUCUCCCUACCCAGCGGCAUGCAGAUUGAAACCGCCGUCAUCGUCUCAAAGAUGCGGCCCGGUGAGCUCCAGGGCACGAUUUGCGCCUCUUCGCAAGGGGGCUGCGCUAUGGCGUGCCGCUUCUGUGACACAGGCUUAAUCCGCCAGACUUCAGGUGGCACCAGCAUCAACUUGCCAGAGUGGGCCAUCUUGGAGCAAAUACUGCAUGCGGAAGCAUGGCUGCAGCGCGAAGGUAGUCAGAAAGUGAGUAACGUGGUCUUCAUGGGGAUGGGUGAGCCUUUGUUGAACUACGGAAAUGUGCUUGGCGCAGCUCGCAUGCUCCGUGCUUCAGGGCACAAGGUGACUCUGUCCACGGUGGGAGUUGCACCUCAAAUAAGAAAGCUUGCCAAAGAUGCUCCGCAAGGCCUGAAUCUGGCCUUGUCUCUCCAUGCACCUACGCAACAGCUGAGAGAGGAGCUGCUUCCAGUAGCUUCCAGGUCCUGGAAGCUGUCGGAGGUGUUUUCUGCCGUCCGGCAGUUUGAGGAGGCCACCGGCACCGGCGUACUUAUCGAAUACAUUCUCAUUCGUCAUGUGAAUGAUGGGGAUGAGCAGGCAGUUGCUUUGGCUAAUCUUAUCACUGAGGAGAGGAUCAAAUGUGCAGGCAUCAACCUGAUUCCUUACAAUCCCACGCAUGCCGGUGCCGCGCAUGGGUAUCGGCCACCCUCAGACCUCAUUUGCAAGAGAUUUCGUGAACAGCUGCGCAGUUUGGGCGCUCCAAACGUCACAAUUCGCUUCUCCACAAAGCUGGGCCGCUCGUGGUCGGCGGCCUGCGGCCAGCUUGGACUGAACAAACUCCGGCAAGUUAAAGCAUUGCUGGUUCGUAAACACUUCUCAGCACGGUCCGUUCCCGUUCUGAGCAUGGUCCUGAUUCAGCUGGUGUCCCGAGCUGGCAGUAUUCAGUGGCUUGUCUUUACAGGGGAGAGAGCGCCCUUGUGCCCCCUGCUCGUCCGCAUGGGGACGCCUCUUCUGUCCAGGCUGCUGGAAUCGGCUUCACUACUGAAAGGGACGGGCCGAGGAGCAAAGUGCUGGCAAACCGCCUGCCGCCUGCGAAGCAAGAGCUAUCUGUCAGGACCCGGCGUAGCAAACCUGUGCAUCGUCAGCCCAGCUGAUGGAGUGUCUUUCAGCAGCUCAGCGUCUGUCAAGACAUCUUCAUCAAUCAGGGGUGCGGGUCAGUCCUUGCUCUUUCGCAAGUCCUUGACACUGCCGUGCUCGUCGGGCAACUUCAGCAUGGGAACUUGGCAAGGCAUCUAUUUGAUUGACCUCCGCAGCCGUGGGUGCACGGAGCCGGUGGAGAUUGAGCUCACCUUUCGUCCGUCAGCACGACGCGAGGAGUUUUCUGUAAUGGCAGCCGCAAGGAAUGCAACGCAACUGGAAACUGAGAUUGCGAAGCGCUUGCCGGCAGAAGCUGGAGCGGUAUUGGUUCACGAAAAGCACACCAGUGCAAGCCUGUCCAUAGGAUCAGGCAAUGUGGAGCCUGUUAUGAAUCAGGUCAUUCCGGAAAAGUGGCAUUACGAGUUCUUCCAGCACACGCUGGAGGGUCCGGAUGACAUGACCGGGCAUUUGAAGUGCUCGCUCCUGGGCUGUUCGGCCAUGGUCCCGGUGCAGAGGCCAAUGGCCCCAGUUCGGCUGAAUGAACAUCGAGACGCGGGCGGUUACGGUGUUGGACACCAGCGGAGGAUCUCCUUAGAUCACGUGACGCCCGGGGGAGAAUCUUUUGAGCUUGAGGUCUCGGGUACCACCGAAAUUGGCAACGAGCUGACAAAGCGGGGAGGGGAGUUGGUGAGUGUUCUGGCCUUGGACGGCCGGGGCGGACUUUUGAUGGGCUCUCGCGAUGCCGUAGAAAGCUUUCAGGUGCCGGAUGAGGCGAUCCUAACACGAAGCCUCGACUGGCCUGCGUUGGCGACAGCCAAGGGAAUGCAGUUGUGGUGGCUGGGAGGAGAAGCUAGGCUGAAAGCAACGCCGCUGUGA